AUGAAAACACUAAGAUCAUUCUACACUCACAAAAGCCUCUUCCUCUUAAGACCCAUCACCAAAAACCCUAUUUCUCUAUCCCGCCAUUUUCACUCCACCACCUCCCCUUACCUUUCUAAAGACUCUGGUCUCGCUGUCCAUUUUUCCAGGAACGACCCUCAUUCCACUGACACUUCCAAAAAUGCCCCCCGAGUUUGGAGUGUUUUCGAUCCAAUCUCUGGUGGGACAGUGGCUCAGAGUGACGCCAGCACUAGUGCUGAGAAUGAUGAAUCGAAGCUCAGGUCCAGUUUUAAUGAGGAAGUGGAGGGUGUAGCUGGUGAGAGGACUCCGAAGAACGAAAAUUUUAGCAAAAGAGAGAAAACCCAGAUGGGAUUGUCGAGUAAUAGCAAUGAAACAGAGGAUUUGAAGAAGGAAGAGAGAUAUGGGGGUGUGAAGAAGGGGGUUUCAGUUAAUGAGGCGGUGGGUUCUGGGGAUAGAGCGGUAUAUAGGAAGAAGGGGAAAAGUAAAAUUAGUUGGGUUUGCGAGAGUUGUGGGUUUACAUCUGGCCAAUGGUGGGGAUCUUGCCGAGCGUGCAAUGAAGUAGGGACGAUGAAGCAGUUUUUGGAGGCGAAACUUGGGAGUGGGAAUAAGGUAAGUGGGAUUGAGGCUUCGGAAAAUGCAGUGCGGUCUUGGUUGCCUCAGAAACCUGAGGAGUUGCGUCCUUUGAGGCUGACGGAUGUGAAUCGGGGGAUGAAUCAGUUGAAUUGGCGAAUUCCCUUGAUUAACCAGAUUAAGUGCUUAUAUCAGUUGAUUUUGCGGGGGCAGUGGGGGACAGUGGCUAUGGUUGUGGGGACUGCGGUGAUUGAUGUUGGUGGAAUGGUGGGUGGCGAUGGUAGCACCGUGAACCGUUUAACUCCACCAAAUGGAAUUUUUAAACGCUUAUCCAACUUCCCCUCAUUGAAUAUGUGGAACAGUUUCCACGCUUAUCAUAACUGGUACCACCAUGAUUGCAGCCAUGCUCUUUUUGUUGUGGAAUGGUCUGGGCUUUUUGGAAGUGAAGUUGCAAGGGUGCUUGGGGGUGGUCUUGUUCCAGGUUCUUUGGUUUUGGUUGGUGGCGAUCCUGGGGUUGGCAAGAGUACACUUUUAUUGCAGGUUGCUGCAAUAAUAGCCGAUGGUGAGGAUCUUGGUGGAUCAGCUCCAGUUGUAUAUGUCUCUGGUGAAGAGAGUGUCGAGCAAAUUGGAAACAGAGCAGACCGUAUGGAGAUUGGAACUGAGGAGCUUUACUUAUAUUCCAGUACUGAUAUUGAGGUGAAAAUUUUUGGACUCAUCCUAACUGGUUUUGUUGGAUAUACUUGGGAAAAUUCAGCGUCUCUCCCCCGUGCUCUGAUUAUUGAUUCGAUUCAAACAGUUUAUCUAAAAGGAGUUGCUGGAAGUGCUGGAGGACUGUCACAGGUUAAGGAAUGCACAUCAGCCUUGUUGCGUUUUGCAAAAACAACUAACAUCCCAAUUCUUUUGAUUGGACAUGUGAAUAAAGCUGGAGAUAUCGCAGGGCCUCGUGUAUUGGAGCACAUUGUUGAUGUUGUCUUAUAUAUGGAAGGGGAGAAGUACUCAUCUCAUCGCUUGCUUCGACCUGUGAAGAAUCGUUUUGGGUCCACAGAUGAGCUAGGAGUUUUUGAAAUGUCACAGUUGGGUCUGGCAGUUGUUUCCAAUCCAAGUGAGAUAUUCUUAACGGAGCAGCACUCAGAUUCAGAGUUUUUAGCUGGGCUAGCUGUUGCUGUAAUAAUGGAUGGAUCUCGAAGUUUCCUGAUUGAAAUUCAGGCACUGUGUGUCUCUGGUUCAUCAAUUUCAAGGCACAUUAAUGGAAUCCAACCAAGCCGAGCUGAUAUGAUCAUAUCAGCCAUCUUUUUGAAUGUUGUUAGCGGGUUAUCACUGACAGAGACUGCUGGUGAUGUUGCGAUAGCAGCUGCAAUUUGCAGCAGUUUCUUGGAAUUUCCCAUUCCCAAUAACAUUGCAUUCAUUGGAGAAAUUGGCCUUGGUGGUGAGCUUCGCACGUUCUUAAAAGACAUGUCUCAGAAAAUGGAUCCAACUGGCAUUUCUGCAUUUCCCUUUUCCUCUUUGUUCUUACGAGACUUGUGUCAGAAAAUGGAUUCAACUGGUCCAGGCAGGUUAUUGCUGUUUUUUGUUUUAAAUACUAUGUUUGAUGCUGUGUUGACUUGUAGAGUUGCAACUUAA